AUGGCCGACACGAAGCGUGUGCAAGAUGUGGAACUCGCUCACUACUCUGAGCCGGCCAAGCCCGUGUGGUCCCAGGCCAUCGCGAACCCCGCGCCACUUGGCCUGCUGGCGUUUGGGAUGACCACAUUCUUCCUGAUGACGGUUGAUACGCUCUGGUCGUCCAAGGUCUUUGCCAGCCAAGUCAUCGGGUACGCCUACGCGUACGGUGGCUUUGCGCAGAUGGUCGCCGGCGUGCUCGAGCAGCAGCAGCAGCAGCAGCAGCAGCAGCAGCAGCAGCAGCAGCAGCAGCAGCAGCAGCAGCAGCAGCAGCAGCAGCAGCAGCAGCAGCAGCAGCAGCAGCAGCAGGGUCGCCCAUCUACGACGGCACUUUGCCAGCCUGUGCCUCUGCUCAAGGGCAACACCUUUGCCGGCUCCGCCUUCUUCUCCUACGGCUCCUUCUGGGCCUCGUGGGCCUUCUUCCAGACCAUGGCGCGCCUGCACGCCGACUCUGGCUUCACCCCUGACGCCGGCUUCAAGGUCGGCGAGUGCAUCCUGCUGGCCACCUGGGGCUUCUUCACGUUCGGCUUCUUCGUGCCCACCCUGCGCAAGAACGGCUGCCUCAUGACGGUCUUUGGCAGCCUGAGCAUUACGUUCUGGCUGCUGGCCGGAGGCGUCUACAGCCCCACCUGCAACCACGCCGCCGGCUACUUUGGGGCGUUCUGCGGCCUCAGCGCAGUCUACACCGCCUUUGCUGAGAUCUAUUUCGAGAGCCUGGGCGUCACCUUCCCCGGCCUCAAGCCCCUUCGCUUGAUCUGA